GAUGAAACUUUUAUUAUGAUUACAGUUUUAUUAUGGAGUAUCAUGCACGCAAUGUGAAGAAGGUUCCGUGAUGCGCCAAAUCUUUUGAAACAAUUUAACUCCGCCUUCUUGGGUUGGUCCUGAGGUGAUCCGGCUAUAAACUCCUGCUCACACACAUUUGUAGGUGAGACGGGCUUCAGUUCUCCGGCAGGUAUGGUAGCUGAAAAGGACUUUAUUGGAUUCAAAUCGUCUUGACGCGCAAAAGGUCCCGGCUGUAUUGGAUAGCUCUUACACAGCACUGCCUCACAGGAGAAAUCGUUAAACAGCAUGAAGUUGGAGGUGUUGUGUGGGAGCCACUAUGACACCAAACACUUCGAGGUGUCCAGUGAUGCAGAGGGGAGUGUGCGCUCUCCUCUGUCUACUGAGGAGGAGCUAGGGUCGGAUGGGGACUGUGUGGCCCACAGCCCCCCACCUGUUACUCCAUGCGCCGGCACUAAGUCCAAGCCGUACACACGGAGACCCAAACCUCCGUUCUCCUACAUCGCUCUCAUUGCCAUGGCAAUCCGGGACUCCUCUUCUGGACGUCUGACUUUGGCGGAAAUAAACGAAUACCUGAUGCAAAAGUUUCCGUUCUUCAGAGGCAGCUACACCGGCUGGAGGAACUCGGUUCGACAUAACUUGUCUCUAAAUGACUGCUUCCUCAAAGUGCUCCGGGACCCGUCCAGACCUUGGGGAAAGGACAAUUACUGGAUGCUCAACCCUCACAGCGAGUACACCUUCGCCGAUGGGGUGUUCCGGCGAAGAAGAAAGCGCAUUGAUAAAAAGUUGUGCAGGGAGGCAGAGGGCUCACAGCGAGCAGAGGAGCCGCGGAGCGUUCAGGAAACCGCUGCCAAGACUGAUCCAUGUGUCAAGUUUACUAGUUCAUUUGCUAUAGACAGCAUCCUCAGCAAGCCGUUCAAGAGGGGCUCCCAGGAGGAACAUUUAGCCGUCCAACCGGCCUUCACCUGGCCGUACUACACCGAGCUAAUGAUGCCUCAUUCAAAUACACCUGCCUCAUGUUCAUACGUCAGGUCACUCGGCCGUGUGGACUCUCAAACUGCGCAUGUGUCAAACACCUAUGACAGCGGCGACGUGAGAAAUAAACUGGGACUCUUUUUUAUUUGACGAUUGAAAAUCCAAGUUUCCAAGUUGUUACGCUUUAUUAUUGUGGUACCGCUGGUCAUUUAGCAUCAUCAGACUUGCUAUUUUAUGCAUAAUUGUUUGUUGUAAAUGUUACUGAAAAUCUGCACUUUGACUGUUUUGUUUGUCUCAAAAAUGCGCUUUUUCCCAACGAAAUUAAAACAAAAAACCAAAAAAUUA